AGCAUGGCCGCGGCACCUCUGACAGCUUGACAUCAAAAUACAGCAAAAAACGAAGAAAACGCGACGAAAACAAUAAGAAACCCCACAGAAAAACCAGUGCGUUCGACAUAGGAACAGUGCCCAAAUCGGAAUCCGCGGUUUCGCCUCCUCUAGCACGCGACCCGAACGAAAAUCGGGACAAAACAUCGUUUUUGGUGCAGUUUUUGUGACCACCUGGCUUACGGCCGGGCCCCGAUCUUCGGAAAACUAUGGGCGACCAGUGUUUUGCAACCGAUUAUUCAAGGUCUCUAGUUUUAAAUUGGUGACCGAUUUUUCUUCUUUAUAGACCUAGUUGCUGUCUGUCUGGCAGCACCGGAUGCCUCCACUGCUGGGCGCCCCCUCGCCCGUCCGCCAGUUGAGGCGCAUGGACUCCACUACCGGCACCCGCUACGCGUUAACAAGCCCCCCCAGUUGCCCCAGCACCCCUGGUUCAACCCAGAUAGGUUCUCCCUCGGGACUAUGUACCGCUCUAUUCGACUACAAGGCGCAGGGGGAGGAUGAGCUGUCUCUUCGCAAAGGCGAAAUCGUGGUGAUUCUCUCUAAGGAUGCGAAAAUAUCCGGCGAUGAAGGCUGGUGGACUGGGAAGAUUGGAGACAAAGUGGGAAUCUUCCCGGCGAACUUUGUCAUAGAUGCAGCCGAAGAGGAAAUCAACCAUGUGGACUCGAUCUUUGCCGAUGUUAAUCUGGUUAAAAUCGAUUUUAAGGAACUCAAGCUGGAUGAGGUGAUAGGAGUGGGCGGCUUUUGCAAGGUCUAUCGAGGGGAAUGGCAAGGGACAGAAGUGGCGGUGAAAGCGGCGCGCCAGGACGCCGACGAAAACCUGCAAGUCACCCUGGAAAAUGUGAUAAAAGAAGCGAAACUCUUCUGUCUUUUGCGGCACGAAAACAUCGUCUCGUUAAAGGGCGUUUGCCUGCAGGAGCCCAAUCUCUGCCUGAUUCUGGAGUACUGUCGUGGCGGUUCCCUCAACCGGGUACUAGCCGGUCGGAAGAUCCGACCAGAUGUGCUGGUGGAUUGGGCGAUUCAGAUCGCUCGAGGCAUGGACUAUCUGCACUCGAGAGCCCCAAUUUCCCUCAUACACCGCGACUUGAAGAGUUCGAAUGUUUUACUUAGCGAAGCGAUCGAAAACGACGAUUUAAACUGCAAGACUUUGAAAAUUACCGAUUUUGGCCUGGCCAGAGAAGUCUAUCAGACGACCCGGAUGUCACAAGCAGGAACGUACGCCUGGAUGGCACCGGAAGUAAUCCGAGAGUCGACUUUUUCUAAGGGAAGCGACAUCUGGAGUUAUGGGGUGCUGCUAUGGGAAUUGCUAACCGGGCAAGUCCCCUAUAAAGGCAUCGACACCCUUGCAGUUGCUUAUGGGGUGGCUUCCAAUCGGCUGACUUUGCUCAUUCCCACCACAUGCCCGCAACCCUGGAAGGAACUGAUGGAAAAAUGUUGGGAGGCAGAUCCGCACAAUCGGCCCUCAUUCGAGCAGAUUUUGGAGGAUCUGAACGAGAUCGCACACUCGUCCUUCACUCAAACCCCGCACGAGUCCUUCCACAUCAUGCAGGAAGACUGGCGCCAGGAGAUUGAGGAAGUGCUGCUCGAUCUGCGCAGGAAAGAAAAGGAGUUGCGGAGCAGAGAAGAGAAGAUCAACAGGGCCCAGAUGGAGCAACGCCGACACGAAGAGCACUUGAAGCAGAAGGAGCUAGAACUACACGAAAGGGAAAUGUACAUUUUGGCCAGGGAGUUGGACUAUAUGAUUCAGCAUCAGCAACCUACGCCUACUCCCAAGAAGCGAAAGGGCAAAUUCAAACGCUCCCGGCUUAAAUUGAAGAAGGAUUCGGGCUCGAUAAUCAGCUCUCCUUCGGAUUUUCGACACAAAUUGACGGUGAAGCAUACAGUUGACCCCAAGGGGGGCCUUGGAGGCUUAAUCAGCCCGAACAGUCCGCCUGGUACUCCCAUAGGCCGCUUGAGAGCCAUUGCGCUCCCAGCGGACGGGGUAAAAGGUAAGACGUGGGGCCCAAGCACGUGCCAUCAGAAGGAGAGGGGCCAAAUCCUGCUGCCGGAGGCGAAAAGCAGCGCCAUUUGGUCGAAGAGCGCCCCCAACUUGGACAAGACCAGACAGUCGUUGAUUGGGCGGAAUCAGUCCUGCGAUACAGAUUACGUGCCUCCAGAGGAUUGGGGCCCCGAGUACCCCAUUGCGGGCGCUGUAAGACACAACAUCCCGAUGCCCACACUGUACAACGCCGAAGGACAACGGCUCAAGCCAAAGCUGAGUAUCGUGGAACUCGUGCUUUAUAACAUCGCUGCCAUGCUGGCUGGAGUGGCCUCAGGAUACGAUGUCAGACUGUCGAAUAUUUCGCCUCUUCAUCCCCGCCUGCAGCCCAAUGGGCGAAUCGAAGUGUCGGACCUGCCGGCCUGGCGGCCAGUAGAGCCGAAAGACUACGAAUAUUCCACCGUAUCCGGAUACAACCACAACACCUAUCACGGUCCGACCAAACACUGCAGACCAAUGUUGACGGGGUCGCAACUGCUCACCUUGAAGAACGAAGAAAAGCGCCCCUUGAGGUUCACGGAUUCGCCUCAACAUCAUCCCCCCAAUCCGUCGCCGAGACGCAAAUCCAGCUCGACGAGCAACGACGGUUCGGAUCUGUACGGGCCCUUUGAACGGGCCGCCACCAUCUACAUUCCUGGAGAAUACCAUCGAUGCCCACCCGAAAUCGGGUGCGCAGCCAGACCGCCGGAAUCCUACCCGGGGUAUAACAGCCAGCAGGAGCAGAGCCACGGGUACAGUUCGGAGCACAGUGGAACCACUGCCACCCUUUAUGGAUAUGGCACCGACUAUGCGUAUGAUAAUCCGAGUAGCGUGAGCAGCCAAAGUGGGGCGCGCACCCCCCAAAGGCUUACGCUCCACACGCAUCGCAGAACGCCCUCCAACGUCUCCAAUGCAAGUUCCACCACCACGAGUGGUUCGAAUGUGAAUCCCAGCUUUAGGUUGGAGGAAGAGUACACUCCCACUCACUACCUGGCAAGGCGGCCGCAGUACGAGUUCGAGUACAAUUCGUACUCGCGCACGAACUCGCAAGACUCCACCUUUGAACGCCCCAAUACGCUAGAAACCGUGGGUUACACCAAGCUGCGUUCCAGCUUGAAAAGGAACAACUACGCAUCUUCAGGGGGCGGGCACUCGGGCGGCAACACGCCCACCAAUCCCACGCCCCCCGACAGUCUUACCAGUGACGACAGUUCGUACAUUUCAGCAAAAGAAAGCAACAACGGCUCGGUCAGCAGGGUCCGGUUUUCCCCUACCACCCUCAUAGAUCUGCCGGUGCCGGGGCAAAGUUUGGACCCCACUGUGCCCCUACAAGCGAGGCGCAGCCGUCCGAGGCCCACGCUGGCCGAAAUGGAACGGGAAUUUUUGUCAUAAUAACUAUUUUGGCUUGGAUUCCAACCAAAGCAAUCAGGGUGGUUGAGCUAUAUUUCUAACCGCCUUUUGCUUCGAUCCGACAUAAGCUAGUCUUGAGAGCAUAUUCUUAAGGCAAAGUACUUUAGAAAAUCACUUAGGUAUGUUUUUUCUUCAUUAAUACUCAUACUCAAUAUUAAAAUAAGUGUAGAGUGAAAAGCAAGUCCUUUUGAACAGAGAGCUGAUAAAAUCUAGUCAUUGAAAUAAUGAACAUAUUUUGAAAUUGAGUAUAAGAGACGACUUUUGCUUAGCUCAAUUUUUAAUUUAAGGCUUUUGAUAGGCGUUAACUGCUCAAAUGUACAUUUACAUUGUGAAUAGGAGGACUCUGAUGUUGGGUGAAACUCGUUGAAACAAUCCACAGUGCCUGACGUAUAAAUGUUAAUCAAUGAAAACCUUCAACAGCCAUAGUCAUUCCUGUGCAAUUUUUACCAUUCGAAUAGUCAUUUUUAGUAGAGUGUCAAGACUUAUUUUUUAAUGUUUUUUUGACGCCCGAAUCGAAGGGGAAUCGCGUUUUUUUAAGAAGACUGUUAUUCAUUCCAUUUUUCCUUGAAGUCCUUUUACUGUGUGAGCAAAAAAGAAACAAAGACCAAUCUUCCCAGUUCAUCAACUGGAAUUAAUCGUGCAGUUCGACUUGAUUAAGUAAUCACCUAAUUUAGUUAAUCGUGGAUUUGUUCCCUGAAUGUAUAUAAUAGGUCAAAUCUAUUACACAAAAAAAAACAUAUAUAUUGACUAAGAGUAAGACUUUAUAUAUAUAGUGUAAAUAGAUUUUUUAUAAUAAAUUAUUUAAAAUCUGUUAGUGCGUCUAGCAAGUAAGGUUUCAGUCAGUCAAGGGCUAUUUCGCGGCCAUCAUAGCUAUAUUUUCAUAUAAGCAACGUAUUAGUAAUUUUAAACUAGUUUUUUGUCAUUCCCGUUGCUCUACUGUUUAUUAUGUGCAUUCCAGGACCUGUAAAAGAAUCUAAUACUCGAUUGUGUGAGAAUAAGCAACGUAGUAAAUAAAUACCAUUUAUUUCGAAAA